UAGACAAUUGUCUUCCUUUUGACAAGCUGUUCUGCUUUAGGCAAGUUAAACAGGAAGAGAUGUAUGCACUUCAUAAAGGAGGAGCUGCUAUAAAAGAGGACAUGGUACCUGGUAAACAAAGUGAGACAAAAUCAUUCCUUUCUCUGUCUCAGUUUGUAUUGACUUCGGGCCAACUUGGGCAGUAUGCGCUACAAAAGCAUUCAAAAAUUUCUUACGUUGAAGUGGAAAUUCUUGAUGCUCAGACAAAGAAGCAGAUUUGUGUCCUGGAAAAAAUCCUCCCUUCGUUUACGAUUGCAGAUAUAAAGCACAAGUUUCACAAAGCUUGUCCCCAGUGGUAUCCUUCACGUGUUGGCCUUCACCUGGAAUGCACUGGUCCUGUACUGAAAGAAACCAAAGUCAUUAAGAAUCUUGCAGCAUCCUCCAUCAUUACAUUAUACUUCAGAGAUCUGGGGACACAAAUAAGCUGGAUCACGGUGUUUCUGACAGAAUAUACUGGGUGUCUCUUAAUCUACCUGUUGUUUUAUUUUCGCUUACUUAACCUGUAUGGUAUGGAGGAUAUAGACCAUUGCAGCCGCCAGCCCGUGGUGCACUUGGCUUGCAUCUGCCAUUCUCUUCACUACAUCAAGCAAAUCUUCGAAACUCUCUUUGUGCACAGCCUAUCCAAUGGAAACACUGCUCUAAAGAAGAUGCUGAAGGGCUGUGCCUUUUAUUGGGGAUUCACCAUUUGGAUGGCUUAUUAUAUCAAUCACCCUCUAUACACACCUCCCAGCUUCGGCAAUAGACAAAUUUUUCCAGCCGUGGUCUGUUUCCUGGUCUGUGGAGCUGGAAAUUAUUUUACAAAUGUUGCCUUAGUUCAGGUGCAUAAAACAGGUAUUAAGAAUCAUUUUAUAAGGCCCACAUAUAAUCCCUUCACGUGGCUUUUCAAAUUGGUCUCCUGCCCGAACUACACAUAUGAGAUGGGGACCUGGAUUAGCUUCACCAUUAUGACCCAAACACUUCCAGUUGCUGUCUUUUCCCUGAUGGUAUCUCUCCAGCUGAUUUUCUGGGCUCAAAGAAAGCAUUGCAAAUAUCAGAAAGAUUUUAAAAAUUAUCCCAGCUACAGAACAGCUAUGAUUCCAUUCAUAUUAUAAGAGCCUGAAGUCAGUGAUGUUGAUUUUGGCUUUGUGCGGUUGUUAAAAUAGGUGACUGUAAAUCAGUAGCCAAUUUUACAUUUCUUCUGAUGGAUUUCAAUGAAAAUAAAAUGGGGAAUAACUACAAGAGGGGCCAGAGAUUGCUGGAAAAAUAAACAGUUUAAAUUGUGCAAAUGGAACAACAUCAUGAAACACAUGAGGAAUUUGAGGAAUUAUCUUUUGCCAAGAUAAUAGCAGAGCAGAGCAAAUCAUCGAGGAAAUUUUGGAAAUUCACAGUUCACACAUAUCUCUUCCUCACCAUAAGUUGCUGAAUUAUUCACACACUGACCUGGACUUUGUAUGGAGAAUAAUGUUGGGGUUAGCUACGGUUAAUAUUGUUACAGAGAAAAUUAGCAGUAACUUCCAGCAUCCUCACACAUUGCUAUGCUCCUCCAUUGGGUGCUCUGUAACAAUCCUCAUCAAUAUCAAUUUCAACUGCAUUGAAAUAAUUGCACUGGUGUGUACUUGGGGUGCUCCCCACUAAUUUAAAAUAAACAAAGUAAUAUAAAAAUCACUUCAUAAAACCAUUAUCCUUUUAAAUCGUCAUGCAACUGUCAAAAUAAAUAAAUUCACAAUCCCCUGACAACGUGUUACUCUUGGCUCAUAAGAAAACCUGAAAAGUAGCUUUAAAUCCUCACUUCUGGAUGUCCUCUGGCUCGGGAUCCACGUCCUGACAGGUUUUCCAUAACAAGGAGCUGAUGCUGUUGGCCCAUUCAGGACUCAGGUUGAAAUUGCAGAUUCGGCCUGGAUGAUAUCAUUGAAACUGAUCUGCAAAUUUAAAAUGGGAAGCUGCUUCCCUCCUGCCAGUGUUCGGCUCACCCGCUCAUGGCAAUGAGUUAUUAUUCGGAGGUAUCAGGAAGGAAGUGGGAUUUGAAAACGAGGAGCAUUUACACCAUCUGGAAGAAUUAGUUACUCGAUUACAAGAAGCUAAUUUGGUGAUGAACUUGACUAAAAGUGAAUUUGCAAAAGUGCAAGUUGGGUGUCUAGGCCAUACCAUUGGGCAUGGUAAGGUGGCUCCAAAAGAUGUGAAAGUCAAAGGUAGUGUGGAUUUCCCUGUGCCUACAACAAAAUGAGAAGUUUUGAGAUUUCUGGGCAUGAGUGGGUUUCAUCGGAAAUUUGUACCAAAUUUUAGCAGCGUGGUUGCUCCUCUGACUGAACUAUUAAAAAAGAGCAAGAAGUUUCAAUGGAUGCAUGAGUAUCAGAAGGCAUCUGACAGUUUGAAAACUGUAUAAGCUUUGACACCAGUUUUGAAAGUACCCAAUUAUGCCAAGAAAUUUAAGUUAGCUGUUGACGCAAUCAAUUUGGGAUUGGAGCUAUACGAUUACAAGAAGAUGACACUGGAAUUGAAAAACCAAUAAUGUACAUUUCACAGAAGUUGAAUGCACAACAGAAAAGAUAUUCAACGAUUGAAAAGGAGAUGUUGGGUUUGGUGUUAGCAUUGCAGCGUUUUGAUAUCUAUGUGGUAAACGAUUCAUCAGAAACAAUUGUUUAUGCAAACCACAAUCCUUUAAACUUCCUGCACAAAUUUCAAGACAGAAGUGCACGGCUAUUUAGAUGGAGUUUAUUACUGCAAGCAUCCAAUCUACAGAUUAUACGCGUCGCUGUACGAAAGAAUCUGAUUGCAGAUGCUUUAUCAAAAGUUUGAAGCUUAAAGGGAAAAUUGGAUAUUUAAAAGCCUGGACUCUGAACUGGAAUGGUUUCUGUUGAUGCAAAGGAUUGGUACAUAUAAUGUUAUGUUAAUGCAUGCAUCUGGUAAUGUAAUAGUGUAAGUAUAAAGAAAUGUAUAGGAGAUAGUAUAAGAUAGGUUAAUAAAAAUGAAGCCAUCUUUUUAAAUCAUCACGGUUCAUUUUUCAAUAUGAGGGGAAAUAUAAGAAAAUAUAAUAAUUCCCAUAAUGUUAUUGGAAUCUAUUGUAAAAUAAAGUAAUAGCAGAUGUGUUUA